CUGCGCUCAACUUGAUCUAUAAAGACGCAACUGGAGUUCCUCUGAAACAUCAUAACACUGCAGAAAUCGAACUAUGACAAUCGCAACUAUUGAGAUAAAAGGCACAAACGGUGAGGAUGUAUACGUUGAUAUGACCGAAGAGAUUGGAGUUCCACAGAGCACGGAAAGGGAAGGUCACGAGAGUUCGGCGUCGGUAUAUGCAUCGUCCAAUUCUCAGGAGAGGCAACGAAAGAAUUCUUCGCACAGCAUUAAUGCGCUUACGCAUGGGCCUAGCGAAGGAUGGAAUGGGACACCUCACUUAGCGGUAGAGCUUUACAGAACUUUGAUGCGGUCCAGAGAGCAAGACUAUGUGUACGAGGAUGACAAGGACACCGCAGAUAUCCUACCCUUUAUCAAAGAAUUCUUAGAAGUCACGGGAAGGGAUAUCCGAAAGUCUGCGGGUGAUCUAGGGAUGUUCCCUCUUAUGGAGUUGAAGUUCAAGGAACUUGGUUUCCGGGUGACAGCGCGAGAGUAUGAUCAAACUAUUCUUCAUCCAAUUUCAGGAGCUUUUGCACCAGGUAGUCUCGUGGCCAUAAUGGGACCUAGUGGGUGUGGAAAAUCAACUCUGCUAGAUAUCUUGUCCCAAAAGAAAACACUACCUUAUACAGGAGAAAUCACAGUCAAUGGACACUCACCCGAUAAGUAUUUUAAUAGGAUGACUAGUUACGUGCCACAGGCAGAUUACGGUUCAGGACUGGACAAAGUGUCUGAAUCAGCGAUGUUUGCAUCCAAAAUGAAAGCUUAUUACAAGGCAGACCAAGCCAAUGCCGCUCUCAGGCAACAGCACCUUGAUUUCCUUCUUAAAGUUCUUGGCCUUUCGCAUAUUGCAAAUUCAUUUAUUGGAGAUGGGCAGACAAGAGGUAUCAGUGGUGGUCAGCGCAGGCGGUUGACCCUUCUGAAAGGUCUCAUUACUGGCCCGGGCAUUGCAUUCCUAGACGAGCCAACCAGUGGCCUUUCGUCAACGGACUCGGAGACCUGUGUGCGAGCCUUGAAGAAUUUAGCCAAACUUACUGGAACUACCUUCAUAGUAGUCAUUCAUCAACCCAAAAGCACCGUUUUCGAAAUGUUUGACCACCUCUUGCUUCUAUCCCAAGGGAAAGCUGUUUACAAUGGCUUGCGUUCGGAAGCACAGGAUUACUUCACCAAACUCGGCUAUCCUGUUCAACAGUACACGACCCCGGCUGAUCACUUUUUAGAUAUAAUCACACCUGGGCAGGUCGGAGCAAAUCCAGAGUUUUUCAUUGAACAGUAUGCCAAGUAUAUCAAUCCGACCAUUCUAAAUAAUUUGGAUGUGGUUGCCAAAGGAGACACGCUGAAGCAGUCACUGGUUAAAAUAGGGCACGGGCGUGAACGUUCUAAGUUUCCACUGUCACGAUGGCAUCAGUACUGCUUGCUCCAGAAGCGCGAAUUCCGCCUUUUCUUCCGGAAUGCCGACGAAAUCUUGACCAUCCUAGCGAAUAAUCUUGUCAUGGGGCUUCUCUUGGGACUUGUUUAUCAAGACGUUUAUAGUGCGAAGUUGGACGCAGUGAAUUCAGCUAGAUUCAGCUAUCAAUUUGCAUACAUUUUUUUUGUAUUAAUCGUUGCCAGUCUAACAGCCUUGAAUUCGGUACCUGCUAUGCUCACAUCCCGUGUCAUCUUCCAGAACGAACGAGCGGAGGGUUACUACGAUGUCCUGCCGUACAUGAUCUCAAAGUUUUUAACUACCUUCGUUACUUGCGCUAUAACUGGAACACUUGUGCUCGUUAUGAGCUCAUACUGGUUAGCUGGUUUCCCUGCCUCGCAAGUAAUGUUUGUAUUUGCGAUUGUAUUGGUGGAAUACAUUUGUGUUGAAUCCAUAGUAUCUUUCACGUCAUCGUGUGCCACAUCGAUUGCUAUGGCGAAUAGCCUGGCGGGCGCCGUCAUCAGUAUUCUGUCGUUAUUCAACGGCUGGAGUGCAAAUAGUUUAAGUACACCGACGUAUGUCGUAUGGAUUCAGUACCUCAGUCCUUUCUACUAUGGGUUCCAAGCAAUUGUGGUUCAUCUGUAUGAUGAGACAGUGACGAAACAAUAUGCCUUGCACAGUGAUUGGGGAGUUUGGGGUGGUAUUGUUAUUAUGUUGGCUAUGACCAUAUUCUAUAGAUACCUGCAGUUUUGGGCGCUGAAAUAUUGCAAUCAGCUCGAGCGAUAGUAUGGGGCUCGUUUAGUACUGUAUACAAAUAAAAACUGUACAUUUGAC